AAGAGGCGCCAGCGCGGGUCACUCUUGACGUCAUCGCGAGGGAGGAGAGCGGGAGGGAGUGGUUUUGUCUGCUCCAUCAGUGAGACAAGAAGACACUAUUACACAAGGACACCAGACUGAUGCUGUUGCCUUGGAAACAAAGACAUGCAGAGAAGUUGAAGAACCUUCAUUGGAGCCUAUGAAUUUGUGUGUGGGUGUAUGUAUUUGUGUGUGAUGGUUUAUGACUGUGAGAGUGUGUUUGUGUGUGCGGGUCGAUGAGUCCGUGUGUGUGUGUGUGCGCGCGCGCGACGUGUGUUCACUCUGGAGGGCAAGCGGCCGAUUGGAGCCAUGAUGGGAAAGGACUACACGUUGGCCAUCAUCAUUGUCAACUGUGACGACAACAUUUGGACCGACCAGAACCUUUUGCUGGACCCGGACCUUCCCUCUGGUUGGAGGACCAUCCGUGACUCCACAGGAACCUACUACUGGCACGUGCCCACCGGCGCCACCCAGUGGCAGCACCCCCGCCUCGACGAGAAGCCGACGCUGCCGCAGCCGGACGCGCAGGCUGCACAAGGACCAGCGGGCUUCGGCGCGAUCCCGCCCGACACCAGGUCUUGGAGGUCGGACGACUCUCGUCACCAUGACAACAACUCGCAGCAGUGGUUCUCGGUGCGCUCGCUGGGCUGGCUGCAAGUGGAGGAGGACGACUUGUCGCCGGGUCGCAGCAGCCUCGUGGUGGGCAACGUUAUCCAGCAGCUGUCUGGCUGCAGCGGUCCCCCCGAGCAGACGGAUGGCUUGGGGACCUUGGGGGAGGGCCGCGAGAUGAGGCUGCUGCUGAAGCGGGACACGUUGACUCUCGUGGACCCGUUAGACCACAGCGCCUUGUACAGUCAGCCAAUCGUCAACAUCCGCGUGUGGGGGGUGGGCAGCAACAACGGCAGGGACAGGGACUUUGCCUUUGUGGCGGCCGACAAGGACAGCUGCGCGCUCAAGUGUCACGUGUUCCGCUGCGACGCCCCCGCCAAGGCCAUCGCGACCGCGCUGCAUCGCAUGUGCUCGCAGAUGAUGUCCCACCAGACGUCGCGCUCUCUCUCGACGGACAGCAUCUCGCCCGAGGACCUGCCCCGACAAGUGGACUUCGCGGAGGCGGGGCCUCAGCGCAUCCACAAGUUUGACGUCCACUACGUGGGCAACCUGCCCGUGUCCCGCGCCAUGGGCAUGGAGGUGUUAAACUUGGCCAUCGAGAGCAUCAUGAACUCCACCCGCCGCCACGAGUGGGAGGCGACUGUCAUCCAGGUGACUGACAACUUGCUGUCUGUCUUCAAGCAGCAGGAAGAAGGGGAGGAGCCAGUGUGGGCGUGUCAGGUGCGUUUCCUCAGCUUCCUGGGCGUCGGCCACGACAGCCGCACCUUCGCCGUCAUCGUGGACGGCGGCCGGCAGCGUUUCGAAUGUCACGUCUUCUGGUGCGAGCCGGACGCCGGCCUCUUGUCCGAGGCCGUCCAGGCGGCGUGCAUGGUGCGGUAUCAGAAGUGUUUGGUGGCUCAGACGCCGCCGCCCAGGAGCCGGCUCGGGCACGGCGCCGCGCCCAAGGUAAAACGCGCUAACUCCAUGGACGGCGGCGGCGGCGGCGGCGGGGUGUCGCCCCGGAAGACAAACGGAGGCCGUGGCGUUCGCAGGGGCAUGAUGGCCUUCUUCGACACCUUCCGCAACAAACAGGCCGCCGCCUCGUAACCACAAAAUGGAGGACGAUCCCAUCGGGCGAGCUGGGCUCGGACUCCCGGCUGGCCGCCUACGUGCGGUCACGCGAUCCGUGUCGUGGAUGCUCGCUGACAAAAUAAAGUUCAUGUUGCUCUGA